CCGGCGGAAGCCGCCGCAGCCCCGGCACCGCGGCGCUCCAGGCCUCCCACCCCGCCCCCGGGCACGCGGUGUCCCGGCGGCCUCGAGCGCGUCCCCGCCCGCUGGCUCGCACCACGCUCCGCCCUGGACGCCGCUGGUCCCGGCGCCGAGGUGCGGCGCGGGGGGGAGCCGGCCCCGCUCAGCCUGAUUUACGGCUCUGCUGAAAACCGCUUCGCUCCCGCGGCGUCAGCACCGGCGGCGGCGGCUGCAGCGGCAGCAACAAGUCGGGACUUUUAGAGUAAUGCAACAGAAGGCUUUUGAGGAAAGCAGAUAUCACUGGCAGGAAUCCUUUGAGAAUGUUGCUGUGUGCCUGCCAUUCUGCUGCCCGAGGUGUGGAGACCAUACUAGAUUUAGAAGCUUGUCGUCCUUGAGGGCCCAUCUGGAAUUCAGUCACAGCUACGAAGAAAGAACCCUCUUGACAAAAUGCAGCCUCUUCCCAUCCUUCAAAGACACAGACCUAGUCACUUCCUCAGAACUGCUGAAACAGGGAAAAUUGCAGGGCAGUGGCAACGUGGUGAAGCAGAAACCGAGCUAUGUUAACUUAUACAGUGUUUCGCAUGAACACUCCAAGGACAGGAAGCCAUGCGAGGUGGUGGCAGAGAGGCCUGUGUCCUACGUGCAGACGUACACUGCCAUGGACUUACGCGCAGACUCGUUGGAUGGACCACGGUCAAGUCCUGGACUUCCCACCUCAGACACCAAAGCUGCUUUUGAAGCACAUGUUAGAGAAAAAUUCAAUCGGAUGAUGGAGGCGGUGGAUAGGACCAUCGAGAAGAGAAUCGAUAAACUCACCAAAGAGUUGGCCCAGAAAACGGCUGAACUGUUGGAAGUUCAGGCAGCUUUUGUGCAGCUGACUCAGAAAAAGCAGGAAGUUCAGAGACGAGAGCGAGCUCUGAACAGACAGGUGGACGUGGCCGUGGAAAUGAUAGCUGUGCUGAGGCAGCGCCUGAUGGAAUCCGAGGAGGAGCUUCUGAGGAAAGAAGAAGAAGUUGUCACCUUCAACCAUUUCCUGGAAGCAGCAGCUGAGAAGGAGGUUCAAGGGAAAGCUCGGCUCCAGGACUUUAUUGAGAAUCUGUUGCAACGUGUGGAACUGGCGGAGAAACAGCUGGAGCACUAUCAAAGCCAGCAGGCCUCUGGCUUUGGCUGUGACCGCAGUGGGCAUGUGCUUACAGAUAUCUCCUCAAAUAGGAAACCCAAAUGCCUCAGCCGAGGACACCCACAUUCGGCAUAUAACCACCCUGAUCUCAAGACCCAUUUCCAUCCAAAAGGAAGGAACUACCUGAAAAAAGCCAAGGAUGACAGAGCCAGCAUGCAGCCUGCCAAGUCCAUUUAUGAGCAGGCCGAGUCCUCAAGAGAACUCUGCAAACCGCCAAAGAAAGGGGAGCUUCUGGGGUUCAGCCGGAAAGGCAACAUCAGGCCCAAAAUGGCUAAAAAAAAGCCAACAGCUAUUGUGAACAUCAUCUGAAAGGGUGGGUUGCUCUGGACCGUCAUCGCUGGGCAUUGAGGAGUGUUGUUCCAGGAGCCAACACUAGUGUCCUUUUGGAUACAUCCCAUAGUAGGACACAUUGGAUUAGCAAAGAGCUUAACACAUGCAGGCACCUUGAUUAACUGGAAAGUAACACAUGGUAAACUCAGUGAGCCAGAAUUUUAUUAGAACCCCCUUUUAGAAGCUUGCAAAUUUUAGAAAGAAUGAAAAAAUGAAGGUUUUAGUAAAACUAAGAUCCAGCUCCUAAAAUAAUCGGCCCAGUCUCCAGUGGUUUUGGCACCUAGGCCUCUAUGCAGUGGUCAUUAAUUCUCAGGAUCAAGGCCACACAAGAUGUCAGGCAUUGGGGGAAAAUUCGUCUGUGCCCACUGCUCUCUAAAUUGUGAGGCAAGGAAUCAGAGUAUAAAGUUCUGUUAACAGCAGUGAAAUGAAAAUAUUUGUGUUCAUUUUUAGCCAUCCCCUCAGUUAAUUUGAAAUCCUCUAAGGCAGCAGUUCUCAACCUGUAGGUCGCGACCCCUUUGUAACAAUGAAAAUACAUCCUGCAUAUCAGAUAUUUACAUUAUGAUUCAUAACAGUAGCAACAUUACAGUUAGGAAGUAGCAACGAAAAUAAUGUUAUGGUUGGGGGUCACCAUAACAUGAGGGACUGUAUUAAAGGGUCGCGGCAUUAGGAAGGUUGAGAAUCACUGCUGUAAGGAUUCUGGUUAAUCAAGAUUUCCAUCUUUGGUUGCUAAAAGGACUUGUUCAGUCAGACUUCAGUUCUCAUUUCCAUGGACUGUUUUCCAGUUUAAUUGAGGGAUUUUUUUGGUGCCCUAACUGCAUGUCUAUUCAGAUUUGGGCACACCUCUGCUGUCUUUUUGGCUGUUUUCCAUCCUUCGACCGUGCCACCAGCCUCUAUCUUACAGUCGCUUCAGCCGCGAUGGUUGUGGAGGCCAGUUCCCAGCAUUGCCGCAGCAUCCAGUGGUCAGAAUGCCAGCGGAUCGCGCACGUGGGGCCUCACAACCAUCGGAAGCGCUGUGGCUGUUAUUUGGCACUUUCCUAGAAGCGCCUUCCCUGGCAGUGUCAGCAGCUGGCUCUCUCAGCUGCGGACUUGACUUUAUCUCCCCUGGCUUAACUUUUCCACUCAGCAGCUCACUUCGCCUCCUGCUGCUUUUGCUCUUUCAUGACAAAAAUACACAUUCUUACCUUUCAACCAGGUAUCUGGAGUGUUCACUGUACACUCUAAAGUCAUUUCCAAAAUAAGCCAUGCAUGUGGGAGCCAGAGUCUGACACUGUCCUCCCUUCCUGCUGCCCUAAGAUGGCUUUUGUUUCCGCAAAGUCCUGUUAAGAAAUUCCUGCUGUCUGAUUUUCCUCAAGAAUAAAUUCACAGGUUAUUUUUUACCUUAAAUUUAACAAUGUCAUCAGAUUUUAUACAGAGUUUAAAAGUGUUGACAUCCUUCUGGAAACAAGAAUAAAUCUAUCCACAAAUAAUUCAUACAUAUAUAUAAUAUAUAUAGCAUAAAAAUAUAUAUGUCAAGCAUAUUAAUUUAUUUUUAAAUACUCAUGGAGAAAGUGUGUGUUUGUGGUGAGUGGUUUUUAAGCUAUAUACUUGGGUUCUGUAAAUUGAAUUCUCUUAAUUUAUAAAUUAAAACUCUAAUAGUAGAAUUAUGAUUGUUGUUGCAAUAAGCAUCAGAUUAGCAAUGCAUUAAAAAUAGAUACUUAAGCAGUUACUUAAAAUGCCAGUCAAUUGAAAAGUGUAACUUAUUAUACAAAUAUUUUGAACCUAUCAUAGUAAAAUGUUGAUUUUUGAACCGUCACUUUGACUUUUGGCCUAUGGGGGUGGACCAUUCAUGUGAUGUAUAGGCAACUAUCAACUGGGAAGAAAAAAACACUGCUGUGAAUAUCACUGUGUAGGCUAGCAUUGUAAAAAUUGUAAUGUUAUAAUUAUUUAUUUGGAGAAUUAACCACCUCCAGAUUUAUUUAUUAUUGAUGCUUAUAUCAUGAUUGCACUUUUGCCUUUUACAUACUGAAAACAUGACUUGUUAGUUGUAUUGCAUGCUCUUUGUUCCGUAAUGCGUGUGCAAUGACAACAACUUGUUUUUAAAGAUGGUAUAGCCAGAGUUUUGUUCUGUUUUAUUUAAAGUAACUGACAUUUCUUAUUUCCAUUUAACAUGCCUAAAGGGCAUGGCAGCGCUCUUUGACAUUGGUACCCAGUGAUCUCCAGAAAGCAACAUAGUAUCAUACAACUGUAUCUAUAUUAUAUACAGAACAUUAUUUUCAUAUUUACUAUAUUAAAACACUUGAGUUCCCACUAAGUUUUGAUACCCCACCCAAUAUAAGGAAAUGUAUGUGUUGUGCCUCCUUAGAGACAUAAAUUUACUGUUGAAAUACGGGAGCUGGCUCGCUCAGAAGGAUACUCCUAAUUAUAUACUGUGGCCUGAGCUGGGUGCCAUGUCCUAUUUAUGUCUUAUUUUUAAAUAUUUUCUUUGUCCACAUGGACAGUCAACCUUAGAGGUAGGGCAGUUGCUUUUUUGAAGAAAUCACCAAAGUUUCUGGGAAAACAUGUUCAAGGUUAAACUGAAGAAUAGAUCUCAUUUUAUCAUUUGUUUUGUAAGGAGGAAAUCUUCAUUUGGACUGUUCUUUUUCUUUGUCAAACUAGGUUAUCGAUCCUUAUGUGCAGAGUUCAGAUUGCUUAGACACUGUUUUCCAGUAUUCUGCAGGGCCGGUGAGUUGUACAGAAGUUGGAAUAUUCUGUUCCCAGAAUUUAAAAAUGUUUUUAGAUUAUGAAAUAUUAUAAUAAAGCUAUA